AUGGCUUCCAAGGAGUUUGAGGUUGAAGCUAUUAUUGACAAAAGACAAAACAGAAAAGGGAAGACUGAAUAUUUUGUUUCGUGGAAAGGUUAUGACAAGAAGGAUGACACUUGGGAACCAGAGCAGAACCUCACAAGCUGUGGAGAACGUAUUUGUGACUUUAACAGACUACAGAUUGAAAAACAGAAAAAAUGGACAUGGACCAGAACAAUUCAGGAGGACAAGGUGGUGUUGAAGGUGGCAGCAGAGAAACCCAUCAGAAUUUCAUCAGAUCCUGACACAGAAGAGGUUGGAAUAGAAAACAGGACCCAGACACAACCACCAAUGUCUCAGGCGUCUGAUUCAGUUACUGCUUCCAUGUCCACAGAGUCAGAAAACAAAGAAGAGAAGAAUGCACUAAAUACAGAAGUAAUUAAAGAAAUCAUAAAUGCCCUGGAAAGAGCUGCUGUGGAUGACAGCAAACUUGUGUUGUUCAGUGCAGCUGGCAGUGUCUUUUGCUGUGGUCUUGAUUUUGGGUACAUUGUGAAGCAUUUAAGAAAUGACAGAAAUAGAAUGAGCACUGAAAUUGUGGAAACCAUUAAGAACCUUGUGAACACUUUAUUUUAAAAACUUAUUGUUGUAUCAGUCAAUGGCCCAGCCAUUGGACUAGGUGCAUCCAUACUACCUCUUUGUGACUUGGUUUGUGCUAAUGAAAAGGCUUGGUUUCAAACCCUGUAUACUACCUUUGGACAGAGUCCAGAUGGCUGUGCUACUCUCACAUUUCCAAGGAUCAUGUUUCAAACAUCUGCCAAUGAAAUGUGGAUUGGUGAGCGAAAGCUGACAGCAUGGGAGGCAUGUGCCAAAGGCCUGGUCUCUCAGGUGUUCUUGACUGCAACUUUCACCCAAGAGGUUAUGAUUCAAAUCAAGAGGCUUGCUUCCUGUAAUCCUGUUAUUCUGGAGGAGUGUAAGACCCUUGUUUGCUGUAAUACUAAGAUGGAGUUGUAACAGGCCAAUGAGAGAGAGUGUGAAAUGCUGCAGAAAAUCUGGAGCUCAGCAGAUGGGAUAGAAUCCAUGUUAAAGUAUGUUCAAACAAAAAUUGAUGAGUAAAAGCCAGUCUGUCUGCUUAGGACACAGGAACUGAGCCUAGCAGAAUAUAUAAUUAGCUGAAGAUGCCCUAAUUCAUCUUCAUAGCCCAAAAUAAUUUCAAUAAUAGCUAACGCUUGUAGGGAGAAUUGAAAACAUCUAAGUUCUUUAUUUAAUAUUAACAAGAAAUUGUUAAACUCUGUAAAUUUAAAAUAAACAAUAAAACAAAUUACUUGCUCAAAUAUCCUUAUUUUAUGCACACAAAAGCCCAAAUUUAAAAGCAGACUAGUGAACACUAAAUU